AGAGAGAAUCCGGCGGGAGCAGGCUUCAGACGAGUUCGUUCGUGUCAUGGAGGCCAAGGUUCGUGCCGGAGGCGUCGAGGGUUUUCAGCUAGGUGCCAAUGGUGCCUUAGAGUUCAGAGGCAGGAUCGUGGUCCCGAAAGUCGAGGCGUUGCGGAAGGAGAUUUUAUCAGAGGCUCAUACCGCACCCUAUCUAGCCCAUCCCAGGAGAACGAAGAUGUAUCACGACCUGAAAGGGUCGUUCUGGUGGCGAGGCAUGAAGAAGGACGUCUCCGAGUUUGUCAGGAGGUGUUUUACCUGUCAGCAA